AUGGCUGACACUCCAACUUCCCGCAUGGUGCACCCCUUUGGCGACGUCCCAAGGCAGACUCCCAAGCAAUUCCUGCAUUCUGGUAACUCACAACACCACUGUCAUCCAUACCAGUCAGCUUCGGACACCCAUGUCGUGCCGCAGCAUCGUUACACCAUGAGGUCUCAUUCGCCGGAUGCUACUUCUGAAGACCAUGAGACUCACAAGCAGUACACACUGGACUCCUCAGCAGCUUCUGGUUGUUCAAGGCAUGAUUCUCCCUCCAGUCAAAGUGUCCAUGGUGGGAGUGGCAGCCCUGUAUCUCAUGAAGACAGCCACUCCGGCUCCACAAAUGGCAAUGGAUCACCUGUGAGCGCGUCGUGUGUCACUGAGGACCCUACUGAUCUCAAGCAGAAGCUGAAGGAUCUUGAGGCUGUAAUGCUGGGGACAGACCCAGAGAUCGCCAACAGUCUCGAGAUCUCCAUAGCAGACCAACUUUCAUUGGAGCCCGAGGAGUGGAAGCACAUGAUGAGCAUGCCCGGAGGGAACCUGAAGGAGCUGCUAAUUGCCUGCGCUAGAGCAGUGGAACAUAACAACAGCUACGCCAUUGAUCUGAUGAUCCCAGAGUUGAGGAAGAUGGUUUCAGUGUCCGGUGAGCCACUUGAGAGGCUGGGAGCCUACAUGGUGGAAGGUCUUGUUGCCAGGCUCGCGGCCUCUGGCAGCUCAAUCUACAAAGCUUUGAAGUGUAAGGAGCCCAGGAGUUCUGAUCUCCUCUCCUACAUGCACUUCCUGUAUGAGGCCUGCCCCUACUUCAAGUUCGGCUACAUGUCAGCGAAUGGCGCAAUCGCCGAGGCUGUCAAGGGAGAAGACAGGAUCCAUAUCAUUGACUUCCACAUCGCUCAAGGGGCUCAGUGGAUCUCUCUCCUUCAAGCCCUUGCAGCCAGGCCUGGCGGGCCACCGUUCGUGAGGAUCACCGGCAUUGAUGAUUCAGUCUCAGCUUACGCCCGAGGCGGCGGUCUGGAGUUGGUUGGCAGGAGGCUGUCACACAUUGCUGGCCUCUACAAUGUGCCCUUUCAGUUCGACGCAGUUGCUAUCUCCAGCAGCGAAGUAGAGGUGGGGCAUCUCGGCAUCGUCCCUGGCGAAGCCGUUGCUGUCAACUUCACCCUGGAGCUGCACCACGUCCCCGACGAGACGGUGAGCACGGCGAACCACCGGGACCGGAUCCUGAGGCUGGUGAAGGGCCUGUCGCCCAAGGUGCUCACGCUGGUGGAGCAGGAGUCCAACACCAACACGGCCCCCUUCGAGCAGCGGUUCGCGGAGACGCUGGACUACUACACGGCCAUAUUCGAGUCCAUCGACCUGGCGCUGCCGAGGGACGACAGGGAGCGCAUCAACAUCGAGCAGCACUGCCUGGCUCGGGAGAUCGUGAACCUGGUGGCCUGCGAGGGCGAGGAGCGGGUGGAGCGGCACGAGGUGUUCGGCAAGUGGAAGGCACGGCUGAUGAUGGCCGGGUUCAGGCCGUCCCCGCUCAGCGCGCUGGUCAACGCCACCAUCAAGACGCUGCUGCAGAGCUACUCGCCGGACUACAAGCUCGCAGAGAGGGACGGCGUGCUCUACCUCGGGUGGAAGAACAGGCCCCUGAUUGUCUCAUCGGCAUGGCACUAG